CGGCUCCUCCCGUCCACCACAGGGCUGAGCCCGCUCAACGGCCUCACCUGCUGCCUCCCUUCCCACUGGUAACGGGGAUACUCUGGCCCACACACAUGUUUCAAGGUGACACUCGAAACACACGCAUGCUGCCGCAGACACCACAGUGCGCCGCAGACCAAUGCUAUAUUUAGCUCGCGAUCCCCAGCGCUGGAUCCUUCUCUCGAGGUGUGGAAGCUUUUCCAGUGCUACGGUGGAGAUGCCCUUACCACUAUUUAUAUCUGGUUAUAAAUACUCGAUAUCUGUCUGUUUUGGAGUUCCACAUUUCAGCUCUUCUGUCCUUCUCACUAUUGUUCUUUUGCUGUUGCUGCAACUCCUCUACUCCCUUUCUCACUCUCGUUUUCUCUUCUCUUUUUCUCCCACGUUUAUCAUGAAUAUUAGUGCUCCCAUUCUUGAUACAUCCUCUGCUCUCUCCAACACUCUCAUUCGCCAGUACAAAAUCACCAAGCACUUAUCCAACGAAAAGAUCCUUCUCCUCAACCAGUUCAUGUCCUCCACUACAAAGAUCAGAAAUAUCAACAUCAACCAGGAAACCAACCAUCCCACAAUCUUUCUCUGGAGACAGGAUAUCAUCGAUCUUUCAAAGGAAUUGAAAUUGCCAACCGAUUCCUUCCUAAACGAGACCUAUCAACCUGUAAACCCUAUAGAACUAUUCAAUUUCAAGAUAUUUCAACAAAAAAUUUUGUCCUCAAUUAAUAACAACAACUAUCCUUACUCGUUUCAACAUCUACAUCCCGCUUUUAUCUAUAAAAUUAUAAGCAAAAAAUUCAUCAACAACUACAUUUAUGAUAAUGAAUCAACUUUAUACCAAAUCCUAUCUACUUUUAACAUAAGUCAUUACCAAAUUCAUGACUAUUCUGAUAUUGUAAAUAUCUUUGAUACUCUAGAUGCCAUAUUCAACCAAUUUCAAAUUCAGAGAAAUUUCAUGCUUACUAAUGACGAAAAAAUACUAAUCUACCUCAAAAAGAUCUUGAUUAAUACAAAUAAUAAAAAUUUAUUGGAUGUUUACCAAAAGUUCAUCAAAAAGUAUAAUAUAAUAAAAAAUUUCAAUCGCUCACCAGAUAAUAAUAAUAAUAAUAAUGAUAAUAAUAACCCUACUAUUAAUAACAAUAACAAUAACAAUAACAACAUCAAUAAUAAUAACCAGUUUUUAUAUAUCAAUUUAAGACAUAUCUUGAUAGAGAAAUUGUGUAAAUUAAAUCCUCAUGUAACAAUACCCCAAUCGAAUUCUUCUCACCAUGAAAGAAAAUUCUCUUUUACAACUAAAUUCUUCAGAAACAAAAGAUCCCUUUAAUCAAUCCUACUUGAUUCUAUAUCACUCUAUUCAUUCAUCUAUUUCCUAUUUCCUAUUUCCUAUUUCCUAUUUCCUAUUUCCUAUUUCCUAUUUACUUAUAUGUAUUCUAUCUUUUCUCAAUUAUAUUAUUCACCUCAUUUUUCUAUCCACCUUAUUCAUCUUCUUUAUCAAUGUUUGCCUUUAAUUUUAUCCAUGUUGCUCUCCUAUACUGUAAUCCUUAGCCGUACAUCCUCAACUUUAUUAUCAUCAUCGAUAUCUUAAUAUCAAUUACCCCAUACAGAAUUAUUCUAUCUUACUUUCUACAUUUAGCAUUUCAUAAUAUUCUAUAUAAUAUUACUAUCUUUUCUAUUCAUUUUUUACAUAAUCAAUCAAUCAAUCUAAGAGUCG